CUGUUGUCGUACAUCCCUUGGGUGAGUUUUAUGAUUCAAAACAUGCUGGACUAGAAGGAUUUAUAAAAGUGAAAGUUAUUACGGUUACCAAAAUAAAUUCUAUGCUAAGUACAAAAUUAACAAAGGAGUUAUUUCAUGAUGGACGUUCAGAAGUAGUACGGAAGAUCGAGACAAAACCAAUAGCUUUAAACUUGGAAGAGGCUAGAGAAAAUGAAAUGAAGCGACAGUUUAUAUAUACAAUUGCCUCCUCUCGUGAUGAUAUCAUAAAGAGUUACAAUGAUACAACAGACAAUAUUGCGUACCUGAAAAAUAAAAAACUCCCAUUCUUUAAAGAUUAUACCCAGCAAAGAAAUAAUUCAUUAAAUAUUGAAUCUAUAAAAAGCAAAUGUAAAAUGGAUCCUACAUCAUCGACUAACGAUGCUAAAGCGCCUAAUUUAUAUCAAUCAGCGUCAAAAAUGUUAAGAUUAUUAACAAGUCAAGAGAAGCCUUCAGUUGCAAGUUAUUGGGAAAAACUAAAAGAAUUUUGUAUAGAAAAAGACGCUAGUAUUGUUCUUAAAAACAAAAAAUCGAACAGUUGUACAAAUUUUCCAAAGAUCGACAACUUCUCAAAGAGUAACCGAAAUUGCUUGUCUGUUAAAAUUACGAGAUGAAGAACAUAUUGGCCGGAUAAAGGAGAUGAUUCAUGAUGAUUAUGGCAUUGAAGUAAUUGGACUUACUAUGGAGAAAUAUGAUAUGACAUUACGACAAUAUAUUAGCAAAAACUCAAAACCUCGUCUUACCGUAUUUCAGCGUAUGGAUAUCAUUAUUCAGAUG